AUGUCUCAGGAUCGACCUUGUCAACGCUGCAUUAAGAGAAACAUCGGACACCUGUGCCAUGAUGAGCCAAGAGAAGGGCACGGAUACCACAAGAAGACCAAGGCCGACUCAGACGCCACAGGAGAGGAACAAUCUCCCCCGCGAGAUGACUCUGCCACGGUGCAGACCUUGCCAGGACCUACGAUGAUGGACAAUGCUGGCCACACACUCCUGCAAGAUGACAAUAUGGGCCUGAGACCGCCCACGAAUGACACCAUGUCCGUCUCUAAUCAAGUCCCAGCAGCUCCAACUGCAGGGAUCAAUGGCAAUGGUCAAGGUCAUUAUGGAUUUAAUGACCCUUGGAUUGGCGCGCAGAAUCGCUUCCAUGAUAUACAUGCUUUCCAUCCCAACUACUUGUUCAACGCCAACGAGGUCACGGAUGAAUAUAACUUACUGAACGACUUUCUUAGCACUAGCCUUUUCGAAGAGACGGGGAUGUAUUCAACAGAGGAGUUUCAGGGUCACUUCAAUGAUCCCUCCUUCAUGAACGCGAUGGCGGCUUCCUCUCUUCCGACCUCUGGAAUUGAAUCCAACAUAAGCCAGGAUAACGGCCACACUGGACUGACCACGAACCAGAGCAAUGCCCUUCAAGCCGCCAUGAUCUCUCGACCGUCCAGCGUGAAGCCCAUUUCGGACAAAGCGCGAGAGAAGUACUAUAUGAUGGCCGCAGACCCUACCGGCGCCGAACCGCCAGAAGAACGCAUGAACAAGCUGCUUAAGGCGAAGUACGACGCCGGGAUGCUGAGGCCAUUCAACUAUGUGAAUGGUUAUGCUCGGCUCAACAAAUACAUGGAAAAGAAUAUGAAACAAUCAUCACGCCACAAGAUCCUGAUGCAGUUGGACCAGUUCCGGCCCAAGUUCCGAGAGCGGAUGCAGAGCUUAACCGACAUUGAGCUCGUGCUCGUGGAGAUGUGGUUCGAGAGAAGUCUGAUGGAGUAUGACAGAAUCUUUGCCAGCAUGGCAAUACCAGCAUGCUGCUGGAGAAGAACGGGCGAGAUAUUUCGGGCCAACAAAGAAAUGGCAGAGCUGAUUCAGGUCCCCAUCGAAUCGCUUCGUGACGGCAAACUUGCCAUUCACGAAAUCAUUGUCGAAGAUCAGCUGGUCAGCUACUGGGAGAAGUUUUGCGCCAUCUGCUUCGACCAGCAACAGAAAGCAAUGCUGACUAGUUGUACGUUGCGGAGUCCGAAGGCAGACUCGGACGCCGAGAUUCCAUGUUGCUUCUCAUUCACCAUCCGCCGGGACAAUUAUAACAUACCAUCGUUGAUCGUGGGGAAUUUUCUGCCCAUAAACCCUGGCAAGCAUUGA